AUGGCCAUACCAGCUCACCAAUCCUCAACACCGAAGAUCGUUCCUUUGAAGUACACCAUUGCGUCGUCAACACCCCAUAGCGGUAAAUAUGGACCAGAACACAUAAUUCAGGAUAAACCACUGGAUCAGGCCAGUAGAUGGAGUGGCGCCUUUCAGGGUAACACCAACCAGUGGAUAAUUUUGCGGCUAGAGUCGUUGGUCGUGCUUAGUGCGAAUUUAUACAUCAUCCUCAAUGCAUAUAACUCACCAGCUGUGCGUUGUAGAGACAAUAACAUUUGGAAAACCCACCCAUGCAAUAUGAAAGAAUUUAAAGUGUUCGUUGGUCUUUCAGAAGACCAUAUGGCCGAAGUCCUCCACGCAGGUCUGAAGAACGAUUCGACCCCAGAGACUUUUUCUCUCAAACACGUCAAUAGCUCUGGCGUCCCUUUCCCCACUCAAUUUGUCAAAAUCGUGCCGAUAUUAGCUCAUGGCCAAAACUUUCAUAUCUCGAUCUGGCAUACAUCCCUGGCCGGAAUAAUUGACGAGAACUACGUCGAGCAAGUGCGCAAUUCGUACGAGGAGCAUCGAGAAACAUUAGUCAUUCGAUACAUUCUCAAGCACCUCCGCCAAAGAAGAUUGUUGACGCCAUAUCAAUCUGUCCUUUCGCGUGCCAAUAUACACCUCGAACAUCCACUCGUCACCCAACUGCAUGAAAACCUUGUCCUGAAAGGAAACUGGGACGACUCAGAAAAACUUCUAGACUCACUCAAUACUUCCGGUCUUUUCGAUGCCCAUCUUCAAUCAUUGCAGCCUCGUGCUGAAUGGACCCGCCUUCUUGGAACCGAUAAUGAUGGCGACGUGCCGCCAGCUCGCGGUGGCCAUGCCAUGUGCAUGGAUCCUGAGAAUGAAAUAAUCUACAUCUUUGGAGGAUGGAACGGAGAGAAGAGUCUGGACGAUUUCUGGGCUUACAGUGUUAAAGAAGACAAGUGGAAGAUUUUAAGCCAUAGCACCACUCAGGAGACAAAUGCCCCUGGCGCACGAUCGUGUCAUAAGAUGGUCUUCGACACAAAGACUGGAGAUAUCUAUGUGCUAGGACGGUUGAAUGAUUCUGAUGGUCUGAGACUGCCAGUUCCUGUCCAGUCAACUGCCCGACCGCCACAUGGAACCCUUCCCGCAGUCCCUGGAGCAUCUCAACCGCCACAAGGUUCACAGACACCUGCAACGUCUGGAGAAUCGGAGUCGAACAGGAUAUACUCAUCAGAAUUCUAUCGGUAUCACACACGCGGUCUGCUUGCUGGAAAAUGGGAUUUCUUAUCUAUUGAUACAGCGGCCAGUGGAGGUCCUCCCCUGAUAUUCGAUCACCAAAUGGUCAUGGACUCGGAAGCUCAGAUUCUUUACGUGUUCGGAGGUCGGGUAGUGGAUGGCGAUUGGGAUACUUCCAAAUAUUCUGGCUUAUACAGCUACAAUGUCAGUACUAGCAAGUGGCAAUCUUUACACCCACCAAAUGACAGCUCAUCGACUUUCCAAAUGAUACCCCCUCGCUUUGGUCAUUCUAUGGUCCUUGAUUCGAUAAACAAGAUGUUAUAUAUUUUUGCUGGACAACGAGAGGACAAGUACCUUUCGGACAUGUAUACCUACAACAUCAGGACCGGAAUUUCGACAGAAAUAUUCUCCAAUUUCAGUGCGGCUGGAGGCCCAGAUCCCUGUUUCACGCAAAGGGCGGUCAUCGAUCCUAAUUUGAAAGAAAUUUAUAUAUUCUGUGGAUUGACAAGAAACGCCACCUCUAACCCGCGUAGUACUUUGAGAGCCAAUCAAUCCUAUUGGGUCUAUAGAUACGAAGGCCAACCGGGAAAAUGGAUGCAAAUCCUUCAACAACCCGAUAAAGCUGCUGCAGAACUACCCCUUCCUAGAUUUGCCCAUCAAGCGGCCUACAACCCCAAAACCAAAACAGUGUAUCUGCAUGGUGGAAAUGCGGGCGGAGCCCUUGUAGGGGAUGCUAUAAAAACAGAUGGAGAUUCCACUCCUGCAGAUGCGUCAAGCGAUCAAACCAAGGAUGCACCGAAGUCGAGUAAGGAAAGGCGACUGGAUGAUUUCUGGAGGAUGCAGUUAGAGAGACCUGGCCCAGAGGAAAUCAUUCGACAAGCCAAGUUCCAGAUCCGUCGGCAACAAUUCCGCGAAAUGUGCGAAGCGGAGCCUCCGGUGAAAGCCCUAAAGUUCCUGCAAACCCAAGUAGCGAGCGUUGUGGACCACAGCAACACCAAAGAAGCAGAGAUAUUUAGAGCGCUGCUUACCCACCUCCUAUCGCCUUCGCCUGCCAUUUCACCUUCGACCUCUGAAUCACGCCCUUCGACUUCUUCCUCUUCCUCUUCCUCAUCUUCUUCUUCCGAGUCGACCUCAUCGGGAUCAACUGCUAGUUUUGUUGGUCAUGAAGAUACUAGGGAGAAUAACCCAAGGCCCGUCAAGCGCUCCAGGGCAGGGAAAGAAAGUCGGGCCGAGAGCGAAAUAUGGACGAGCGAAUUGUCGACGGACGCGACUCUAUCAUCAUUUUCUUCCGUCCUCGUUGGUGGGGCUGAUCGCUUGAAAGGCAUGACAGACCCUCUCGAGGUACUGAUUCGUGGACAGCAAGCGUCGGAAGUUACUUUGUCUGGCCCUCGUUAUAGUCAGCGUACGGAAGUGUUUGAGAACAUCUUGAACUUCAUAUCGGAUAAUGAGAAGCAGCCUGAUGAUAGUUUGUUGGACCUUGUGGAGAAGGAUCGGUUGUAG